AUGUAUAAAAAAUAUCUAUCUAUCUAUCUAUCUAUCUAUCUAUCUAUCUAUCUAUCUAUCUAUCUAUCUCAGUCGAUUCAUAUAUUUCGUUCUUUCUUUCUUUCUUUCUUUUUCAGUCGAUUCAUUUUCUAUCUAUCUAUCUAUCUAUCUAUCUAUCUAUCUAUCUAUCUAUCUCAGUUGAUUCAUAUAUUUCGUUCUUUCUUUCUCAGUCGAUUCAUUAUCUAUCUAUCUAUCUAUCUAUCUAUCUAUCUAUCUAUCUAUCUAUCUAUCUAUCUAUCUCAGUCAAUUGAUUAUCUAUCCCUCUAUCUCUCUCUCUGUCUCUCUCUCUCUAUCUAUCUAUCUCAGUCGAUGCAUAUAUUUCUUUCUUUCUUUCUUUUUUUCUUUCUUCAUUUCUUUCUUUCUUUCUUAGAUAAUGAAUCGACUAAGAAAAGCCGCUUCCUUAUCUAUCUAUCUAUCUAUCUAUCUAUCUAUCUAUCUAUCUAUCUAUCUAUCUAUCUCAGUCAAUAG